AUGAACCAUUUUUAGAAAGAAAAUAGAAGACCAAAUUAAUUAGAUUUCAAUAGUAAAACACCUAGUAGGUUAUAGACUACUCGUUUAUUGCGAGUUCAUUCACCAAGCACAUCAUAAAGUCCAUUUAGAAGCAUCAAUAAUAAAAUAGCUGUUGUGAAUUAUUUACCUCAAUCUACAAUGCCUAAAUCACCAACUUCAUAAAUAACAUAUUUUAAGAGAAAGAAGAGCAAAUAAGAUGAUAUGCUUGAUGAAACUAUAAGUAAAUUGAGUUUUUUAGAAAAAAAGAUUGCACAUAUAAUGGAUAAGAAUGAUUAAUUAAGAUCUCAACUUAAAAAGACAGAAACAGAUUCAGUAGAAUCAUUUUCAUAUUAUUUGAGUGGACCAACAAGAUCAAAUAAGUAAUCAAAUUGUAUUAGUUAACAUACUUUACAAUCAUAUGUAAAUUCGGUUAAACACACAAUUCAUACUACUCAUUCUCCAAUUAAUAGUUCAAGAUUGUAAGAUAAAAUGGUUGAUCAUCAUAGAUCAUCUAUUAAAACUUCAUCUGUUGGGAAAUUCAAGAAAUCUAAUAUCACUAUUAGAGAUGAUGUUUAGAAUGGAAGAGGUAGAAAAGUAUAUGAGAAUGGAUUUGUUUAUGAAGGUGAUUGGAUUAAUGGAAUGAGAUAAGGCAAUGGAACUUUGAAAGACUUUAAUUAGAAUAUUGUUUAUUAAGGUUAAUGGUAAAAUGAUCAAUUUUAAGGGAGAGGACGAUUUGUGAAUUAAGAUUAUUAAGAAGAUGAAUUUAAAUUAUUAAACUUUAAGUAGUUUAAAUUAGUUUAGCAUUAAUUUACUUCUUAUGAAGGAGAAUUCAGAAAUGGAUAGUUUCAUGGUUAAGGAGUUAUGAUAUUUAAUUGUGAGGGAGAAGAGUUUAAGUUUGUUGGAGGAUUUGCAUAAGAUGCAUUUCAUGGUGUUGGGAUAUUGUCUUAAGAAGAGAAAGUAAUAUUACAAGGGAAAUGGAUUUAUGGAUGUUUUGUUUGA